AUGUAUACGCUUGAAGAGGUGCAGAAGCACAACAAGGCAGAUGAUGUGUGGAUUAUCCUGCACAACAAGGUCUAUGAUAUUACAAAGUACCUUGAAGAUCACCCUGGCGGGGGUGCUAUUUUGAUUGAAGUUGCUGGUACCGAUGCUACCGAAGCAUUCGAGGAGACUGGACACUCUGAUGAAGCCCGGGAGGAACUUGAGAAGUAUCAUAUUGGGGACCUACCGACUGAGGAACAUGCCGAGGCCAUCGAGGUCUACCGCCCAACCUUUGAACAAGUAGCUCAAACGGCAGCAAUCAACGUGAAAAAGACUCCAAAGAGUCCAAUUUACUCUUUUGCUUCAGCUCUGAUUAAACUGGGUUUCACUGGCGCUCUUGGUACAGCAGCAGUCCAUGGCUACCGACAAGGAUGGAGACCUACCCUCGAGUCGCUCAACCAACUGUCUAGCUACGCUUCCACUCUCCUCUCUAGCCGCUCCAACACUUCAGGCCAGUUCUGGUCCGGGUUCGGAAUUGCAAGUGUGGCCCAACUGUCUGUCACAAUGGGUCUGACAAUGUGGAUAUCGAAUAAAUUGGACGUCCAGCAAGAGUUCACCCACUACUCUCCCCAUCGCACUACUCGCACCGACAAGAUCAUCUUCCGGAAGAAAUUGCAGACAGGAAACAGCAAACCCAGCAAAUCUAAACGCACACUCCCUCUCGACCCUCGCAAAUGGAAAAACUUCCCGCUCCUGCGCAAGGACUCCGUGUCACCCAAUGUAUACCGCUUCGUGUUUGGUCUUCCAAAUGUCGACGAUGUCCUGGGUCUUCCGACUGGACAACACAUCGCACUGCGUGCUACAAUCAAUGGACAAAGCGUUUCACGCUCAUACACUCCAGUCUCGAAUAACACUGACUUGGGUCGUAUCGAGCUGUUGGUCAAAGUGUACCCGCAAGGCUUGAUGACAAAGCACCUGGAGUCGAUGGAAAUCGGUGACAUGAUUGAAAUUCGUGGACCCAAGGGUGCAAUGCAGUAUAGCACCACCUACGCGAAGCACAUCGGCAUGAUCGCGGGUGGCACAGGUAUCACGCCUAUGUACCAGUUGAUCCGGGCUAUCUGUGACGAUGAAAACGACUCGACGAAGAUGAGUCUGCUCUACGCGAACAAUUCGGAAGAAGAUAUCUUGUUGCGGAAAGAGUUGGAUGACUUUGCAACGCGGUUUCCGGAGAAAUUCCAAGUGCAGUAUGUGCUCUCACAAGCUGGAGAGGGAUGGCAGGGGCAUAGGGGGUUUGUCAGCCAGGACUUGAUUAAGAAGUACCUGGCGCCUGCAGAUGAGACUAAUAAGGCACUGCUGUGUGGCCCACCGCCAAUGAUCAAUGCUAUGAAGAAGGCACUUGCUGGGCUUGGGUGGAAGGAGCCCGGCGUGUUGUCGAAGUCUACAGAUCAGGUGUUUUUGUUUUAG